AGGUGCGGAAACUUUACAAGUGAGUUUGAUCUUCUCCUUUUUGUCUCUCUCCCUCCGAGCUCUCCCGUCGACCCGACUCAUUGCCACUCUAUGCCCUCCUGUUCAAGAUGCUCUCGUUUAAGACUUUGGACGGCUUCUUCCUUUCUUGAUCUGGUCACUGACCUUUCUUUCCCAGAAUGCUGGAGGAUCCGUCCUACGCGGAGAUUGUGCGGUGGGGUGAUGAAGGGGACAGUUUUGUCGUCUUGGAGUGCGAAAAAUUUACGAAAACUAUCCUUCCUAAACAUUUCAAACAUAGCAACUUCGCCAGCUUUGUACGACAAUUAAACAAAUACGACUUCCACAAAGUGAGACAAAAUAAUGAAGAGAAUGGGCAAUCACCGUACGGCCAGAAUGCGUGGGAAUUCAAGCACCCCGAAUUCCGAGCGAACAGCAAAGAAUCACUUGACAAUAUUCGACGGAAGGCGCCUGCCCCUCGGAAACAGGCCCAAAACAACGAAGAUUCCGUUCCAACGCAACAGAUCGAUCUCUUAAACCAGCAAAUAGUGGCGCAGCAGCAACAAAUUCAGCAUCUCUCUGAUCGUUAUGCACAAUUAACUGUCGACCAUCAGAUCAUGCUGCAGGAGGUUAUGAGAGUCCAGAAAACAGUCCUCAACCAUGAACAUGUCAUCCACCAACUGAUGACAUAUCUACUAUCAGUGGAUGCUCGUCAACGGCGAGACAGUAAAGCGUCCGGACCGUUCGCGCAAGGUCAAGGGGGCUCAAGCUUAAGCCCUUCCCAGGUGGCGUCCAUGGACGAUGAGCCUUCGUCGCCCUUGCAGCACGCCUCGAAGCUUCUCAACGAUAUGAAUGCCGAAAUUCAGUUCAAUCUCGGCGGCCUUGAUUCGUUAGGGGAGCCACCCAAAACAGGUCCCGUCGUGGCCACGACGCCCGCAAUGGAUGCUGCCCCGCGGAAUGGGGUGGUGCGACCGCCGAAUGCAGCCGCUGCGACCCCUGCAAACCCAACCAAUCCGACGAAUACCGCGACCACAGCAUUAGUUUAUCCGAAGAUGAACGGCGAGAUUGAACCUGUCGUGUACCCUGUGGGUGCUACUAAUGGUAUCGAUCCGAUGUACAGCGAGCAUGUCAAUAAUGUGCCAUACCCAAUGCCGCCCAAGCAAGAAGUCGACGACGCUCGGAGACAGUUCGCAGACAAUCGGAAGAAGAGUACGAAUGUUGACCCGGGUUGGAUGCGUAGUCCGCAUAUCUUGCUAGUCGAAGAUGAUGCGACGUGUCGUCAAAUUGGCGGAAAGUUUCUAUACUCCUUUUCUUGUGUCAUUGAUACUGCUUUCGACGGACUCGAGGCGGUGAACAAAAUACAAGAUGGCUCGAAGUACGAUCUUAUUCUGAUGGAUAUAAUUAUGCCCAACCUGGACGGUGUCUCAGCAUGUCAUCUCAUUCGGCAGUUUGAUAGGACGCCGAUCAUUGCCAUGACAUCCAACAUCCGGAGUGAUGACAUUCAGCUUUACUUCCAGCAUGGAAUGGAUGAUGUUCUUCCCAAGCCCUUCACGCGAAAGAGUCUUCUGGAUAUGUUAGAAAAACACCUGGUUCAUCUGAAGACCAUGCCGCAAGGCAUGGAAACGGCCCAACCCGCGGCGGCGGUAACAAUGGCUGCACAGAGCUCGGCAGCCCAGUCUGUCAAAGAGGAUAGUUCUCCCAGCCAGUCGCCAGCUACGUCCAUAAACAAUUGGCAAACACCCGGCCAAUUCCAGGGCAUGGCCACAGUUCACCCUAAUCUGCAACAGGUGCAAGGUCAAUAUGUACCUGCAACUCCUGCUACUGCCACUGCAUAUGCCGUAGACCAAAAUGGGGUGCAGUAUCCGACAGCUCCUGUGGCCCUCACGGCUGCGGCUGCAGCACGGCCGCAACCACGACGGCAGGUCUCCGACAUGGCCAGUGCUGCCGAAACCCCCAAUCUCGCCAAGCGUCAGCGUGUAUAUGCGCCCCAACCUCAAGCGAUGGUCAACCCCGUACAGGCUGCACGGACUGGCUGAGCCUCGCCAUCUCCUCAAUGCUGUAUAUCUCCCAAUCAACAAACUAACAAACUACCUCUCUUGCAUUCCCCUCCGUGUAUCCUCAAUCACUAUAUUCCCCCUUCAUGAUUGCUAUCUUGGUUAUAAUGAGAUCUCUACCCGUACGAUACCGUUGACCCCUGGGUGGACUUUUGAUAGCUUACGGCGUUUAUGAGGCCUUCGGUUGUUUGUCUUUUGUUUCUCGCGGAUACUCUCAGCAGAAAUGUUCGUGUCGUUUAUAAAGGGAUAUAAGGGAGUUGAACCAUAUUAGGGCCUGGGCAUUCAGACUGUUUUGGUGUACUGUUGCUGUAAUUAGUUGAACAUGUUACGUGGGUAAAAUUGUCCUUCGAGUGGGAUAUCCACGUUGGCGCAAUUUAUGAUGUUUCGCCUUGGAACACAAUUUGAUGGUGCUUACAUACUAGCUAGCUAGCUGUACCUACUAAAAAUACAGAACACACGCAACCA